GUCCUGUCCCCUCCCGCCCACAGGCAGCUGCUGAAGACGGAGCUGGGGUCCUUCUUCACCGAGUACCUGCAGAACCAGCUGCUGACUAAAGGCAUGGUGAUCCUGCGGGACAAGAUCCGCUUCUAUGAGGGACAGAAACUGCUGGACUCACUGGCAGAGACGUGGGACUUUUUCUUCAGUGACGUGCUGCCCACACUGCAGGCCAUCUUCUACCCGGUGCAGGGCAAGGAGCCGUCUGUGCGCCAGCUGGCCCUCCUGCACUUCCGGAAUGCCAUCACCCUGAGCGUGAAGCUGGAGGAUGCGCUGGCCCGUGCCCACGCCCGCGUGCCCCCUGCCAUCGUGCAGAUGCUGCUGGUGCUGCAGGGGGUGCACGAGUCCCGGGGCGUGACCAAGGACUACUUGCGCCUGGAGACGCUGAUCCAGAAGGUGGUGUCGCCCUACCUCGGCACCUACGGCCUCUACUCCGGCGAGGGCCCCUUCACACAUUCCUGCAUCCUGGAGAAGCACUUCCUGCGCCGCUCCCGCUCGGGGGAUGUCCUGGCCAAGAACCCGGUGGUGCGCUCCAAGAGCUACAACACCCCACUGCUGAACCCCGUGGCAGAGCACGAGGCCGAGGGAGCAGCGCCCGGAGGCCCCGGCAUCCGCAGGCACUCGGUCUCGGAGAUGACAUCCUGCCCCGAGCCCCAGGGCUUCUCCGACACGCCCGGCCAGGCUCCCCCUGGGGCCUUCAGACCCUCUGUGGGCGCGCAGUCAGGGCCGUGCCCCAGCAAACUGUAUCCCCCCGCCCAGCCCGCCGAACCUGGCCCAGGCGCCGCCCGCCCCUCCCCACCCUCCUCCAGUCCGGAGAACCUGGUGGACCAGAUCUUGGAGUCCGUGGACUCAGAUUCGGAAGGGAUCUUCAUUGACUUUGGCCGGGGCCGGGGCUCGGGCACGUCAGAGUUUGAGGGGGCCGGGGGUCGGCAGAGCAUCGUGUGACGGCCUCGAGUUUCUGCUGACCCCGUGUGUGUGUCUGGGGGGUGCGUGUGUGCAAGAGUUUUUUUACUCUGUCCCAUCCGGUCGGCUGUGGGCCCUAGCCACUUUGCCCUUCCUGAGUCUCGGUUGGAAAAAGCGUCACUAGCCGAGCCCCCGGCCCUGCUCCGUUCGGGGUGUUGGCCGCUCCGCUGCCUCCCGCAGGUCACCACACACGCUCGUCAGCCCUGUGUGCACCGAACAGACCUGGCCUCCCCCCCCCCAGCCUGCCCCAGCCCACCAGCGUCCACACCCACGGAGACUGAAUCCUGCGGCUUAGCCAGGCCUCCGGAACAAUCCCCAGGGCAGUGGGGGUUGGUAGCAGACCCGCCUUCCCCCUUCCCACUCACCUCAGGCCACGGCAUGACCUCCUGUGUGCCCCUGUCCCAGGCCCUCCUUGCAGCCUGUCCUCACUCUGCCCAGGGCGGCCGCGGGCAGGAAGAGGAUGGAAUAAAGCUGUGUGCCCCGA